AUGGUUGCUAUCGUAUUAAACAAUAAGCCUCGUCCCAAAACCACAGGUUACACAUACGGCUAUGAACUUGAUGACAGCAAGGUGCGUGAACCCAAGGAUAAUGAAUCCCUCGUAAAGAUCCAAGGAGGAUCGUUCAAUCAUCGUGACGUAUGGAUUUUGAAGGAUGCCUAUCCACUUCCCAUUCAUACAGGAUCAGUUCUUGGAUCCGAUGGAGUGGGUGUUGUAGAAAAGACAAGUGGCGAUGGAUCUAUCAAGAAAGGACAACGUGUACUUAUCAAUCCAGGCAUUGGCUGGGAUACGGAUCCUCUUGGACCCGAAGAGGAUUACUACAUUCUUGGAUUGCUACCUGCCAUUGGCACCUUUGCCGAAGAGGUGGUGGUAGAAAAUAGAGACCUUGUACCAUGUCCUGAGCAUUUGACUACAGCUCAAGCUGCGUCGUUACCACUUGCUGGAUUAACUGCGUAUCGUGCACUCUUUACUCGUGGGAAUGUCAAAGCUGGAAAAAACGUGAUUAUCACUGGCAUUGGAGGUGGUGUAGCCGUUUAUGCGCUUCAAUUUGCAGUCGCUGUAGGUGCCAAUGUAUAUGUCACAUCAUCGCAACAAGAUAAAAUCGAGCAUGCAAAGAAAGCGGGUGCUAAAGGUGGUGUCAAUUACAAGGAUCCCAAUUGCUUUGAUGAUUUGCUCAAGCAACUUAAUGGAGCCAAAAUCGAUACCGUUAUUGAUGGUGCUGGUGGAUCGUUUUAUGCAGGGUUACCCAAAGUAAUGCGACCUGGUGGUACGCUGGUGAAUUAUGGGCAAACAUCAGAUACUACUGGCAAUACAAUGAAAACCAAUGACAAGGGUGGCAUUGUCUUUACAAUGAUUCAUGUGUUUAGCAACCUGGAGCUACGAGGGUCCACCAUGGGAUCACGACGUGAAUUUAGAGAGAUGGUAGCGUUCGUUGACAAGUACAAAAUCAAGCCUAUUGUAUCCAAGGUGUGGAAGGGAUUAACCUUGGAGAAUGUGGAUGCAGCAAUCGAUUACAUGAGGAAUGGUCACCAGCAAGGAAAGCUUGUCAUUGAAAUGUAA